GCAAUGAGUAAAUUUUUGGUUCGCUGCCGAGAAUUCGAUUAUUUUAAUUUAAAUAACUGAUUUUAAUAGUUUUAUAAACCAAACGGCGCAUGAUUAGCAGAUGGUGUAUAAUAUCAAAUCGUCAAUCAAAAAGUACUGUAAAGUAAAACCUGCAAUAAGAAAUACAAAUAAAACAAAAAGAAAAGCAAGGUGCCAAAGAAGAAAACCAGUUAUGUAUGUCGAAUUGAUGUAUUUCCAUUUUGCUGGGCAAAAAAGAAACAUUUUUAUGGCAAAAAAAUGUUAAAUGAAAGUGAUGUGUGUGAGUGUUUAAAGGCUUAUUAAUAAUAUGGGCACAGCUAGAGCAAGUGAAAAGUGACAAUAAAAGCCAAGUUUAUAACCAGACAAGGUUACAUAUUCCAUGACAACUUCCAAAACGAGAGUCAAAUCCCCCCUCCAAAAGCAGAUUUCCAGCGAAUCUCUUGCGAAAACUAAAAUUUAAUUGUGAAGCAAGAACAACAACAACAACAACAGCAAGUGCAACAAUUGACACAAUUGGCAAUAAAUCAGCAGACGCUUGAGCUCAACGAACAGGAGGAAGCGGAGAAGGGAAGAAGCAGUACACAGAAAAUAAACGAAAACGAAAACAAACGAGACAACUAGAAAAAUAAACAGACAGACGUGCAGACGGGCGAACAGGAGGCAGUGCAUCAUUGGCAGCAGCAGGGGAGAGGACGGAGCAACAGCAGUCGCAGCAUCAGGUCUCACGUCUUCGGCAUCAAUUUCGACUGAGCUAUUUUGGGUAGAUGUAAGAUACUUUGCGUAGCUGUGAGAUACUUUGCGUAGCUGUAAGAUACAUUUGCCCACGCCAGCCAGGAAUGCAGCAUGUGGCCAUGUAAAGGCAGACAACAGCCACAAAACAGAAAACAGCAACUGCAACAACAACAAUUGRAGUAGAAGCAACAACUUUUAGCAGCUUUCACUUGACAGUCACUUGACUGCCACUUGACAGUCACUUUAGCAGUCACUUGGCAUUUAGCGAGACGUGUCGAUGAGUUGAACAGCGCCACAGCCAUCCCCAACAGAAGCGCCUACCCCGUUAGCCAUACAAACAAUGGAAGCAACGCAACAACAGCAGCCAACAGAAGCAGCUGGAGCAGCAGCAGUCGCAGCGAUUGCCAGGUCAUUGGACCAGCAGAUGGAUGCAUCGAUUGGCUCGCCCAAUCACUCGCACUACUCGAAUCUCACCAACACCAGCAGCAGCAACAGCAGCAGCCAUCACAAUAGCAACGUGAGCAGCCCCUCGGUGGCCACAGAUAGCAGCAGUUCCUCCUCCUCAUCCUCGGCGCCGCAAUAUAGCGAGGAUUUGCGUGCAGCCGCUCGACAGAAUCCAAGGGGUUCACAUUCGGGCAGCGGCUCCACAAAAACCUGCGAACUGGAUGUGGGGGAGGAGGAACGGGAUACCUUCUCACCAGUUUCCAGUCCAGAGUGCAAUAACGGUGCAGUAGCGACAGUUGCUCUGGUAGCAGCAGCUGUUGCCAGCAGCAGCAGCAGCAGCAGCAGCAACGGCGGCGGCAGAGACAACAAGAGCUACGACAGUAAAUUGAAGCCGCCCUCAAAGGAGGAGAAGCAGCGACAAAACGAGGAAAUCGUAUGCAUGGAAACGUCCACAGUAUCCACUGAGACGGGCUCCUGGGAGUCCGUUUAUCCCACUGCAUCAGCUGUGCAAUCGCAGCCUCCAGUUCCCACUCUGCCCCACAUGGAGGGCAUCAGCGCCAGCUGUCUGUUGCGCGAUUUGGAGAAGCGUGAACAGCCGUUGAGCAGCUCUCAGAAUAGCGCCUGCUUCAUAGACGCCUCGUCGCUGCGCGAUGAGGACGAGGUGCUAUCGUUUCCUAGCCUGGACAGCCUGCAGCAGACCAAUGAGCAGGCCAAGCCGGAGACAGAGCUGGAAUUGGAGCAGUUCCACAAGGCGUUCGCCAAGUGCAAGCCGCCGCGCAGCAAUCAGUCGAAUUGCAGCUCCGAUGUGGAGGUUGAGGAUGAGCCACGUCCGGACUCGAAUAGUGGCACCAACAAUCUGUCCGAUGAGGAGAAGCUGUGGAAGCGUGAGCAACAGCUGCCGGCCAGUGGUGCCACCGAUGCCACUGAGGCCAGCAGCGUGUCCCUGGCAGCCGAUGCGGAUUCUUCAGACUCCUCGCUAAGUGCACGCAGGCGACGCACUGCACCCGCUGCUGUGCCCAUGGCUGUGCCGCGCAGCUUCCAGCACAACACACAACAGUUUAGUGUGCAUCCGUUGGGCAACAGUCCGAAGUUUGCACCACACCAUGGACACGAUCUCAGCUAUACGACAGACUACUCCAGCAGCAGUCCGGCCCAUAGUUUGGUCUGGUCGGAGCAGGGCAGGCAGCAGCAACAGCUGCAGCAGCAGCAGCCGCAAUCGCUGCAGCCCCAUCAGCAGCAGCUGCCGCCAGCUACAGACACUCCGCACAAUUCCAUGGUGCAUAUACUGGAGCACGUCUCCAGCAGCAACAAUAGUUCCAUACACAGGGAUUAUACGUUCAGCUCCUCGUUGUCGCAUCAUCGCGAUUCUGGCGCCUAUUGCAGUGAUGCAACAGAUUCGCCGCUGCCGUUGCCGCGCACGCCCAAACGCAGCUCCAAGUUCGAUGAGGCGAAUCCCAUUGUCUCGGGUGGCGCAUCCAUCGAGGACUUCAGGCAGAAGCACUGCGACAGUCCCAGUCGAAAGCGCACCGAUGCCUGUCCCAUUGUGUCGGGAGGAUUUGUCUCGCUGGACUUUGCGCCCACGCGGCCCAGGGACGAUGAUGAUGAUGAUGAUGAGAUUGCACGGGAUCAGCAGGCGGAUGAUGAUGCAGAGCUGGAGGGUGUGGAGCUAAGGGUAAAGACGGGUCAACCGCUGCGUAAGCCCCUGCCAGGCAUUGCCUCCUGGGUGGUGGACAUGAGCGAUUGUCGGCCAGAGCGACGCAAGAGCAGCAGCUCCACGUCCAGCUUGGAGGCGGGCGCAGCACGGUUUCGUGAGCGCUCCGACUCGAAUAGCUCGCACAAGAGCGGUUGUGGUUUCUAUGUGUCGCUGGAUGACAUGGACAGGAAGCCGAAGGUGCAAAAGGAGCAACCACUGCAGCCAUCGUCCCUCAGCAAAUCCUAUACAGCGCCCAAGGCGGCCAAUUUCUUUGUGAAUCUCUCACAGAGCGAAUAUCAAGCUAAGGAUGACGAGCAGCUGGAGCAGUCAAAGCCCAAGGAGGAGCCCGUGCAGCAGGCGGACAAAAAGAAUAUAUUCAGCAUGUUUAUAGACUUUGGUGAGCCGGCCAAGCAGCAGCAGCCCACGCGUGCCACGAAUGGACGCAAGGAGCCCUUCAGUUUGGCGCAGCGUCUGAGCAGUUCCUUAAGCGUGGCUCAACGGCGUGGCGAUGAACUAAUGAAGUCCAGUGCCAGCUCCACGGAAACCCUUAUGGCCAAGAGCGGCACACAGCAGGCGACUCAGUUGCCGAUUUUGCAGAAGGAGGAGAGCAAAUCUCUGGACUAUCGUUGCAAUUUGGAGCAGCCAUCGUUGACGGUGGCUGCACUGCGUCGCAUGACGCGCGAGCAGGAGCCCAGCAAGCGCCACAGCUGGGGUAGCAAUAACAGCAAGGAGCAGGCGCCCAUUCCGGGGGAUUACAAGCGCUCCAUAAGCCUAACGGCCAACGGAGGCGAUCCACCUGGCAGUGGGCUAAUGAGCAUCAUAGACAAGUUGCCCAUUAUAUCGAAGGCAUCCUCCUUGUCCGUGGAUAGUUCCUUGUCGCCCUACGAUGAUUACAGCGGCGGUGCCAUGAGCAGCUGCUCCGAUGAGGAUCAGCAGGCGGCUCGUUUGAAGAAGCGACGUCGGGAUGCACAGCUAAAUGAGACCUACGACAAGAGCAGCAGCAUUGCCUCUGCCCUGACCGAGGGUGUGCUCUCCAAGGACAUGUCGCCCGCGUCCAAUACGGACACAGAUGAUCUCACCUUCCAGCAGGAUGAGCAGCUGGCGCUGCGUGAGGUACAACUGCAGCAGCAGCAGCAGGUGCCACUGCCAGUGCCGCUGACAAGCAGCUCGAACCGCACCUCCAUCAUGGAGACCAUCAUUGAGGCCAAGGAGACGGCCUCACCCAAGAAGCAGCCGAAUCUUAGCAAUGGCCACACCAUGGAAACGCUCCACGCGACCAUCGAGAAGCAGAAGCAGCUGCUGGAAACGGUUAACGAGAAUGCCGAGCAGCCGGCCAACUUUGUCAAGCUUUCGGAUAUGGAUAAGCCGGUGGCCAAGCACGAUCUGCAGUCGCCGGAUGCCAUGAGCAAGAGUGCGGGUACUCAACGCAGCGCCAGCCAGCGUUUCUAUCGUGAUGAACAGCAGCGUGCGGCAGCACGGCCUCAUUCCUGGGCGAUGACACGCUCCACAGGAGGCGGUAAUAAUAUCCAGCAGCUGGCCAGCUCGGUGGACAACUUGCGCAGCUUGUCGCGCCUGUUUCCCAACUUCAGCAAGGAGUUCUCCAAUUCGCUGCCAGGCGACAUGACAUUGGACAACGGUCAGCAGCAGCAGCAGUUGGAUUAUAUACAAACGGAUUUGAGUGCCGAUUCCAGUUUGGCUUCCAGUUUCAGUCGGUCGGGAAUGGACGAGUCCUCGAUGAGCUGCCGUCAGCCCCGGCGACUGGGUGAGGAUUUGCUCAAGAUGUUUCUGCAGGAGAUCGCCACCGAUAUGCUGGUGGAGGUGCAUGGCAGACGCAUCCGCGCCCACAAGUGCAUCCUGCGCAGUCGCUGUCAAUAUUUUGCAGCCAUGCUGGCGGGCCAUGGAGCCCAGAGCGUUGUCUCGCUGCAGGGCUACUCCUAUGCAGCCGUGCACUUUGCUCUGUGCCACAUCUAUUCGGGUGCCUCGCAUCCACCGGAUGGCAUCAGUCUGAUGGAGCUGGCCGCAUUGGCUGACCUGUUGGGCUUGGAGGGAUUGAAGGAGGUGACAUCGCAUGCGCUGAAGACAAACUACUGCCACAACUUCCAUAAGCCCUGUUCCGGGUGCAUCGAUGGCAUACUGCAGGUGCUGCCUGUCGCAUUGAAUCAUGCCCUGGAUGAUCUCUAUCGCAAGUGCUUGCGCUGGACCUGCCGGCACUACCUGAAGGUGUGGCCGACGCGUCAAUUCGCCCAGCUGCCGCCGGAUAUACUCGGGCGAUGUCGUCAGCAGAUUGUUGCUUAUAUGACCUCGGAGACGGUGCUGGACACGGUGCUCGAUUGCGAUCAUCUGUUGGCCCAGCUGUCGGCCUAUCGCUGGGGUCACAUCUGCGAGCAGCUGGUGCGCGAUAUCCUAGAUGCUGCCUAUGGCUAUGUGGGCGAUCACUUCGCCAGCCUCAUAGCCAGCGAUUCGUUCCUCUCGCUAGGUCACGAUCGCAGUCGUCACAUUCCACGUCUCGAGACGCUGUUGCUGCAAACGGCUGCGGCGCUGACGCCGGAGCAGGCAUGCCGCAGCUAUCAGCGCGUGACUCGCCUGAAUACGGUGUUGCAGGCGAAACUUAUCCAGAUGCCGGUCAAUCUGGGCGAGCUGGCCAAGGAGCUGCAGGGCUUGCAGGAGGAGCAGCUCGACUGGCAGCCCGAAUAUAUACGCCUGGUCAGCGCCUUGGUCUAUGCCGUCGAACAGUGCCUGAUUCGGCAGUGCUCGCGUGCCAUGCGCGUCACUGCCUGGCAGCGCAUGGAUCUGGAGCUGCGCAAGAAAAUCCAGACGAUGGCGCGACUCACCGAACCGCUCGAUCUCAAGCGCAACGGCGGCAAGCCGGUGAGCAAGGCUUUCUCCUUUGGGGGCAGCACACGCAGCCAGGAUCUGGUGCAGAUCAAGCUGGCCAUACAGGCGCAAUCGAAGCGCGUGCAGGCGCAGGAGACGCAGCUCUACAAGGCCACGCAGACCAACUACGAUGCGGCGCAUGUGCAGACCACGGAGCGUGGCGUCCAGGCGCAUGCCACUGAUCCGCGCGAGGGCAACAGCAAACUGCUCAAGUCCAAUUCCCGCGCCUAUGUGCCGCAGGCGCAGCGCGCCAGCUCCCAGACAGCCGGCGAAAGGCACAGCCUCAAUACGCAUCGACGCACACAAUCGGAGGCGCCGCCCGUUACACAGCGCAAGCCGGUGGCAGUUGUGGAGCCCAAAUCGAACGCCUCCAGCAGCAGUCAGACCAAAUCUGCAGCACCUGUAGUGCGUGCUCGAUAUCUGGAGCCGCGUAAGCCGCGUGCGGCGAGUGCAGGCAAUGGCACUGCGGGUCCCAUACGCAGUGCUACCAGCUCCAGUAUACCAGCGGCACGCAAGGCUCAAGCCAAGAAUCUGCACAUCUCUUCCAGCGACAGUUCGCGCAACUCCAGUCCGGCGGCGCUGCGACGGGGCACACGGCUGGGCAACAAGUCGAACAACUUGUCCACAGAUAGCCUGGCCAAGAGCGGAUCUCGUGAGCGGUAUUCAUCGGAUAUGAAUGUGGACUCGAUGGCGGAGAGCAUGAAGAGCUCGGUAAUAACCAACAAAACGAUCUCACACGAAUCGCUGUCGAGUAGCUCCAAAUUGGCGCGAGUGCAUCAGCUCAAUGGGCAUGCCACUGCUGCAGCUGGCACCAAGCCCACGGCUCCAUUGAGGGGCAUACAACGCGGCACAGCGCUGACGAACAAGUCGACGCGCCAGCUCAAGCAGCAACACAACGUCAAUGCAACAGGCGCUUCUAAUGGCUCCAGUCCCAGUUCCGUGCACACAACCAAGUCGGCAACCAGUCGACUGUCCUCGGUGAGCAGCACGUUGUCUACGCGGGAGAUGUUCAAGCAACGCUCAAUAUCGGUGCCGGCUGGUGGAGAUAAUCCUACAAAGGGACGACACAGCUUUCUGUCUGCCAAGUCGCGAGAGAUUCUUGCCAAGCGUGCAGAGAAGAAUAAACUGCAGCAACAACAACAGCAGCAGCAACAACAACAGCAGCAGCAACAACAAGAGCAACAACAACAACAACAGUUGCGCGCCUCUGCUGGCCCUUUGCGCUCCUCUUCACAUUCCGCCGUCAGCAGCAUGAUGCAGCAGCAUAAUCUACGCAACAGUUUGCCCUCCAAUAUACCCACACGACGACCCAAUACGCUGCAUCUGCGCAAGACAACAAAUCAAACAACCACAACAACUACCAAUGGCCAUGCACCAUCCGCUCCUGGCUAUAAGUCCCACACAAAUGGUGUCCUGAAUGGCGGCUUUAAGGCUGCACAGGCGGUUAAACAGAAACUGGAUUUGCUCAUCGAUGUGCAGCUGGAGGGCAGCAGCCGCCACAACAACAACAACAACAUCAACAACGGUGGCCAGCGUGUCGAGUCCAAGCUGGAGCGUUCGAGCACAUUUUGCAAGGAUAGCGCCGAUUUGGAUUUAAAUGUAGCCGAACUGCAGAUUGUGGAAUAAAUCUACAAAACGGUCCAUAUCAAAUAUGAACCGAGCGAAUCAACCCAUACACGUCCCAUAAGGCAACUCUAGUCAAUAAUAGCAUGUAGUUGCAGGCGCAGGAAACGUUAAACAAUAAAUCAAUAAUAUCCACACAGAGAGGGGAGAACAAAAAUAAUCAAAGAAAAGUGAAGAACAUGUUACUAAAAAGCAAAGAUGCACCCACUAACCUUAUAAUAGUUAUAUACAUAAUUACAACAAAAACUUAUUGUCGUUAAAAAUCCCCCCUUCCCACAAAAAGAAUAUAUUUCAAAAGGAAAACAUAUUUAAAUGCUAACUAAAGUAAAGUAAUGGCUGGCAGGUGAAGUGGAAGCAAUGUCAAAAAG